AUGCCGAAUGCGCAACCCGAAGUUAGGCCCAAACAAGACGAAGCUCUUCCACACGGGGGUCAAGAUUUGCAGAUGAAGACUCCAGGCACUGGCAAGCCUUGGUGGAUGCGUUCGAGGCAAACCGAAGAAUGUUCAGACGAAACGAAGGAUACCCGCACAGCCAACCCCGAAGCCUUCACGCCAGAGUUCAAGAAUGUCCCAAUUGCCUCAAGCAAAACCGAAGUAUCACGACCUUGGACCAUGGCUCAAAAGGUUCAAGAGAUCUUCGGGUUGUCGACCAACGCAGACAUCCGUCAGCUUAAGAUCAAAGAAACUCCUACCCAGCCAACUAAAGAUGUCACCCUGGAUAAGGCAAAAUAUGAACCGCCCGCUAGAAGGAACUUGUUCCAAAAUAUGUUCACUGUAAGAUCAUAUAUCCCGCCUUCGGUGGAAAAAGAGAAUGCCCCAGCUCCCAAAGAGCUUCCAUUAAGCCAUGAACAUAUCACGCCAAGUGAAAAAUCGUCAGCUGAACCAUCCUUUCCCCAUGGAAUGGGAACCUCCAGGGUGGCGGUGAGAAGACGACGCCGAAGGGAAAGGGAACAGGAAAACAAUCCUGACACAGUCUCCUGCCACAGUUUUCCACAAAGUAGCAGUCUCGGCGAGGAUGCCUUAACCAAGCAGAUGUCUGAAGGUGAAAUCUCCCCAAUCACGCCUACCAAUGUCGAUAGCCUGCCUUCAGCGGAACACAAGAACAGUCCAGACCCAAUUUCCUACCACAAUCUUCCACAAAGCAGCGGUAUUCGCGAAGGGAGGAGAAUUGUGGUAAGCAAAAGGGAACGACGACGACAACAACGAGAACGAGCACUACUCAGGGCCACAUUUGGUAGAAACUAUACUACCGACGCCCGUUCCUACCAAGCAAAUCUUCGGCAAAGUAGCGAUGACAGCAAUGGCUCCCUAGCCAGACCAAUCGAGCAUGCCAUUUCUCCCCUUCCGCUUGCCCAGAUCCAUGAAUCAGACUCAGUUGAUCAGGCGUCCAUGGAUGAAACAGUACGAGAAUCGGCAAUUGAUUUUGAUGUCAGUGACUCCGCGGCACCCAAGUUCUGGAGCCAUAGCUCAGAGAAAAGCCCAGGUGGCGAAAAACUUGUUGUGCAUUACUGUCGUACUCUACAGAAUACCGAGGAAAUCGCCAAGCACUUCCUCGAUAGCAAGGUCCUCGGGUUUGACAUGGAAUGGAAAUCUUCGGCAUCUGCCUGGGAUAGUAUUCAGAACAAUGUUUCCGUCAUCCAAAUUGCAAACGAGGAACGCAUCGCUAUUUUCCAAAUUGCGUCGUUUAAGCCUUCGCGGUCUUUGAAGGAUCUUGUUUCCCCGACAUUGAAACAGAUCAUUGAAUCUCCUUAUAUCACGAAAGUGGGUGUAUCAAUCAAGGCAGACUGCACACGACUACGCAAGUAUCUCGGCGUUGAUGCAAAGGCAUCAUUUGAGCUAAGCCAUCUGUUCAAGUUGGUGAAGUACGGCCAGGAAAGCCCCAAACUGGUCAACAAGCGAGGUGUCAAUCUCAGUGAUCAGAUGGAAGAGCAUUUCGGUCUUCCGCUUGAAAAAAAUGAAGAUGUGCGUUGUGGCGAUUGGGCUCGGGCAUUAAGCUAUCGCCAGGUUCAAUACGCCGCUACUGAUCCCUAUGCUUGCAUUCGUCUCUAUAAUGUCAUGGAAAAGAAAAGACUGGCUAUGAAUCCCAUGCCGCCUCGUCCUGCAUUCGCUGAACUCAAUAAGCCUAUCAUUCUUCCGCUUGGACAGGCUGUCAAUGGUGAGCAGAAAGAGCCAAUUCUCUGA